AUGCAUCUGCUGUAUGCUGUCCUUGUUUUGCUCUCUCUUAGCCAUGGUUUCGACCCUAACUGCCCUGGAAGAUGUAGCUGUGAUGCAGUGCAGUCUGUGCAAUGCUACAGGCUAACAGAGGUACCACCAGGUCUUCCUUCCACCACCAAGAGCCUCUACAUCAGCCACAGCAAAAUUCAACACCUCCAGCUCUCUGACUUCACUGGAAUGUUGGCUCUAGAAGAUUUUAUUCUGCUGGCCAGUGGAACAGAGUCAGUAGAAAAUGACACUUUCAAAACUCUGAGUAACUUGAAGACCUUAGAACUCUGGAAAAAUAAGUUAAGACUAGUCCCCACUGCUCUCCCAGCCAGUCUUGAAGUGCUAAAACUAAGUGAUAAUUCAAUAUCUGUCCUUCAUGGAUCUGAUUUUGAAGGACUGGAGAAAUUAAAAAUCCUUGAACUUAAAAACAACCUGAUUUCCUCCCUCUCUCCCAGCAUGCUCUCCUCCCUUGUCAGUUUGCAAAGUUUGAUGUUGGAUGGCAACAAUAUCGAGUCUGUAGCUGGACCACUGGCACUUCCCCAUCUGAAACAUAUGAGCUUGGAGAAUAAUAAACUACAUCUGAUACCAGCUAGCUUCUUCACUUGUCUUCAGUCUUUGCAAUUUCUCAGUCUCAGUGGUAACUUUCUGACUAAAAUUCCUAUGAAUCUGCCCAAAUCCUUGCUCUCUUUAAAAAUGGAGAGAAACCAGCUCAAAGUGGUGAGGUUUCGAGAUAUGAAACACUUGGAGAAUCUUUCCCAUCUUUACCUGUCAGAAAAUUCACUCUCUUCCAUUGAUGGGGCACAGCUUCUUGCCAAUUUAACGACUCUUGAGUUGUCCCAAAACCGGCUUCAAAUUUUGCCCCUCAGACUACCAGCAAGGCUUCAAAAACUUGAUAUUAGCAAUAAUCUGAUUCAGAGAGUUACAGCGCAAGAUUUCCAGGACCUUCGAGAGUUGAAACACUUGUUUCUGGACAACAACAUCGUCAGCUUGUUCGAAGCUGGAGCCCUGCAGAGGUGUUCUCAGCUCUCCAACCUGGCCCUGGAGCAGAACCUGCUGCUGUCUAUCCCUCUAAAGCUCCCAGAGACCUUAGCCAGGCUGGACCUAAAAGGCAAUGCCAUCCAGGGCAUUGCUGAGAGGGAGCUCAAGGAUCUAAAGCAGCUUCAGGUUCUAAACCUCAGGAACAACAAGAUCUCUGCCUUAGACCUCAAAGCCCUGGAGGGGCUGCCUCGUCUCAGACACCUGUAUCUGGAUGGAAAUCCAUGGAAUUGCACGUGCAGCCUCCUAAAAGCGAGGGAGGUCCUGAAGGCCAAGGGCACAGAUGUGAGGGGAGGACAAUGUGCAGCACCAGCUGAACGACAAGGGGAGAGCUGGAUGUCUUCCAAGAAGAUCAUGCGGCAAUGUGAGCAUCACUUACAUCUGACCGAGAAAAACAAAGAAACCAAGAAGAAAUCAAAACCUGAAGAGCACUCCAGUAGCAGAAUCAACAUGGAGGAUGAUGAUUAUGAUUACGAAAUAGAUUGAGUAUGAGCUUUGUUUACAGUUUAGAAAUAGUUUUUUUUUUUUUUUAAUAGACUUCAUUUUUAGAGCAGUUUUAGGUUCACAGCAAAAUUGAGAGGAAGGUACAGGGAUUUCCCAUGUAUCCCCCACCCCUAGUCAUGCAUAACCUCCGCCAUUAUCAACAUCCUCCACCAGGGUGGUACAUUUGUUACUAUCAAUGAAUCUACAUUGACACAUCAUAAUCACCUAAAGUCCAUAGUUUGUCUUAGGGUUCACUCUUGGUGUUGUACAUUCUAGGGGUUUGGACGAUGUAUAAUGACUUAUAUCCACCAUUGUAGAAUCAUACAAAGUGCCCUAAAAAUCCUCCGUGCUUCAAAAAAGAUUUUUAAUGUUCAAUCUCUUAAGCAGAAAUAUACUAUGUAUUUAGAUAUGAAAGACUCUUUUUGGUAAGUUUUUCUUUUUUUUUUUUUUAAAGAAUGAAAUGAGGGUUAAGAUAAGUUGAAGUAGGGGGAGGAAAGUAGAAAGGAACAAUGAUAAGAAGAUGUAAAAUUCCUUCUAUUUUAAAAGUGAAAUUUUUGUGUUUUAUACUGAAAUCUGGACAAAUAAUAAUGCCAAAUAAAAUCACCAUCUGGCUAA